GUCACACUGAACCCCUUUAGCCGUUUUAUUUAGACCGCUGUCAAAUAAGUUUGAAAAGUGCUUGCAAAAUGUUGCAAAACGACGCGGUGCGGACUUUGCAAUAUGAUAGUGAGAUCCGCGUGGCCCAGCAGCCAAAUCCCUCAGAACCGAGAGUUUACGACUCCCAUAUCAGCAUUACAUCGCAGCCGCGGGCGGAGAUUCCCCGGAUUCCCCUACCGGUGCCCAUUGCCACGGUUACGGGCAGCCGGACCUUCAUUCCCCUUUCCGGAUACGAUUGCCUGGCGGACCUGCCAUCGGUGCAUAUUGAACAGUCCUUUGAGCUGAACGCGGCUCUGACAGGAGUCUCCUCGGAGAAUCGUUAUGUGGUGCGAUCUCCAUUGAAUGAUGCCAUUUUCGCGGCCAGCGAGAGCUCCACAGAGAGCAAUCGUCUCAUCUGGGGAGCUGGACGACCGUUCCAGAUGCACCUUCUGGAUAAAACCCACCAGGAAGCGCUGGUCUUCCGAAAGAAACUAGCCCUUGGAUCACUCUGCUGCCAGCCAAAAUGUCUGGAGAUCUGGGUACCUCCGGGUAAUGUCCUUGGAAGAGUGGUGCAGUCACCCACUUUCAUGCAGCCAGAGUUCUUUAUCGAGGAUGGAAACACCGGACAGCCCGUGUUUUGUGUGGAGGGUCCUGCAAAUUCAGGAUUCUGCUGCUUCUGCCUGCCAAGGGAAUGUUACUUUAGGAUUAAUUCGGGUGGCAGUAUGAGAGCAUCCAUUGACCAUAAAUGGAUGGCCAGCAAGUCCCAAUACACCACAAAUAUUUACUUCAGUGAUCCGAAGCUAACAGCCAAAGAGAGAGCAUUGAUUCUAGGAUCAGCCUUUUUGCUGGAAUAUCUUUACUUCCAAACCCGGCUUUAAACCAAACAAAUUUAAUAAACCUUGUAUAUUCACAUUGA